AAUGAACGUACAAUGAUUUUACCUAUCUGUUAUCUGUCUGUAUGAUAACAUGACAAAGGAGUAACAUGUUCGCAGUAAAUAUAAAGGUAGAUCCCAAAUGGAAUGAUAGUCCACGUGCGUGCAUUAUGGAUCUGGAGACUUUAGGAUUUAGGAUGAACCAUUAAACAUGUUUGGAGAUAACACGUAUGAUUAACAACUGUAAUUAAAACUAUGUCGAAACUAUUUCCUGAAAGAACGACCAUCUAUAAUAUAUCACAAGUAUGUAGAAUUAAUAAGACAAGUUUACGCAAAGAUACUAAAUAAAUUGCUAUAAAGAGGAGAGCGUGUACCAUUUGGAAAUCGUUUAUUUUUAUACAAUAAAAACAAAUCAAGGCGUUAAUGAGAAGUAUCGUCAAUAAUACUAUUCUCAUUGAAAACACUUGCUGGCUCGUAUUGAUUGGUUGAUAAAAUUAUAUAUGAUAUUUGAAUAUGUCUGUAAUACCAGUGGCACAAGCCAAUGAGAAGGGGCGUAUCGAUUCAACAGAACAUCUGCUCCGAGAGGUUCCUGUUGCAUUCGCAGAUCCAAACGAACGAAAUGUCAAGCUCACUAAAGCAGUACGGAUCUCCUCCGAUGACAAAAAUGAAAAUGACAUGGAAUCAGCCAACAACCACAAAAUCUCUGAUGAAUUGAAAAUAAGACAACCUAUUAUUGAUGGAAAGAUUAAUAGAGCUUAUACAUCGCCAGAUAUUGAAUUGCAAAGCUAUAAUAUUAAUGAAGAUGUAAACAGCAAUUGUAGUGAUAAAGGUGUGAUUGAGCGGAGUCAGUCACAGAGCAUGUCGGCAGUUUCGAACUCACGCCUGCAAUCAGAUCGACUUUUGCAUUCGGAUGACGAGGAUAAAACAUAUACAAUUGAAAAUGGCGUCAAAAUUGAGGACAGUAAAUCAAAAGAAAAAGAAUCAGCUCUAUCAAACAUUGGAGCGGACUACAUGCGCGUUAAUGGUGCCAUCGGAUCAUUUCGGCAACUCCAGAAACCUCAAUCUAUGCAGUCUUUGCCUACAUCCUCUAAAAUGAGCUACACUAACGAGGAUAGCGGAAUAGCACCUCUUGUCGUGGGCGGUGAAGGUACUAAGUAUGGCAUGGAUGACAAGCAAAACAAAGAAAAACAAAAACCCAACGUUGGUUAUAGACUUGGAAAAAGGAAAACAUUGUAUGAAAAAAGACGGAAAAUUUCAGAUUAUUGUCUUGUGUUUGGGAUUUCAGGAAUUGUCUUAAUGAUUGUAGAAACGGAAUUAACAAUGGCAAAGGUGUAUGAUAAGGAAUCUCAUUAUUCCAUUGUGCUGAAGUCCAUCAUCUGUAUUUCCACAAUUAUCUUACUAGGAUUAAUUCUUGCCUACCACGCCCUAGAAAUUCAACUUUUUGCAGUAGACAAUUGUGUUGAAGAUUGGAGAAUCGCCAUAUCAUGGAAACGAAUGUGUCAAUUAACACUAGAAAUACUCAUUUGUGCUGUUAAUCCCAUACCAGGUCCUUUUUAUUUCACUUGGAAGACAGAGAGUUACGACGGAGAGAGAUGGUUAAUUGCGGAGGUUCCUAUUGAUAUUUUAUUAUCUAUACCUAUGUUUUUGCGGCUGUACCUCAUUGCCCGAUCUAUGCUAUUGCAUAGCAGACUAUUUACAGACGCUUCGUCUAGAAGUAUAGGUGCAUUAAAUCGAAUAAGUUUUGACACUAAGUUUGUGCUAAAAACUUUAAUGACAAUCUGUCCUGGAACUGUGAUGUUAGUGUUUAUGAUAUCUAUGUGGGUGAUUGCGAGUUGGUUACUACGAGCAUGUGAGGCAUAUCUAGACUCUCGGCACUCCAACAUUUUAAAUUCCAUGUGGAUGAUAGCCAUAACAUUUUUAUCAGUUGGGUAUGGUGACUUAGUUCCAAAUACAUAUUGUGGUCGAGGAAUCGCCAUAGCAACGGGCGUUAUGGGUUCCGGUUGUACAGCAUUAGUUGUAGCACUCGUAGCACGAAAACUAGAAUUAAGCAGAGCUGAGACACACGUCCAUAAUUUUAUGAUGGAUACACAGUAUUCAAAAAGGUUGAAAAAUUCAGCUGCCAACGUUUUACGAGAAACCUGGUUGAUAUACAAACAUACUAAACUAAUGAAGAAAAUAAAUACAAGCAGAGUUAGGUCGCAUCAAAGAAAAUUUCUUCAAGCAAUUCAUAAUCUGCGAGAUGUAAAAAUGGACCAACGAAAGUUAACUGAGCAACAGAAUACCGUAGCUGAUAUGGCUAAGAAGAUAGGCUUUGAUGGAUUUUCCCAAAGACACAAAGUUUACAUUUCAACGUCUCAUGUUGAAUUUUUUCAGACACAGUCACAUAUUCAAGCUAUGGUGGCGGACAUGCAAACAAGUGGCCUCUCUGUUGAAAAAAGAGUCGUGAAAAUAGAAGAUAAGCUGUUAGAACUUCAGAAUCAGCUUGAUAUGUUACCAGCACUUAUUGCGGAUAAAGUUAUUACACGUCGACAGGAACUCCGACACGAACGAGAAAUGAGCUUACGAGAAAGAGACUUACAACAAACUGAUCAAAGAAGGACAGAAUUUAAUCAAUUAAGACGAACGUCACCACCACGAAGACGAAAGUCACCUCAACAUUCAGGAUCGUCAGUGCCGCCUUCAAAUAGUCUUGGUCAGUUGUAACACAACACACAUAAUGGUAAAACUUAAAACCGAUAAUGCGCUAGCCCUAGGCUAAUAUUAUGACUUCGUGGACAGAACAUAUGACCAUUGUGUGUCAUGUCCACAUGCAUUACCGUUUUCAAUGAGAAACCAGAUCAAAACUUAACAGGAAGAUCGAUUCCCUAAUUUACCAAAGGUUCAAGUUUGAAGUGGUGUGAAACCUGUGUAUUAAUCGCCGAAUAACAAUACUUUCAGCUACUAACAAAUCCUCCUGUGUAAAUUAAAGUUGAAGGCAUUGAAUCAUUCGUUAGUGACGUGGUCGAUACUAGCAUGAACCCAAACUAAGACUGAUUGUGAUUUCAAUGAAAUUUGCUUUAAUUGUGUGUCCGAAAUAUUAUGAUACUUUCAUAUUAUAGUGGAACAUGGUUGUGACAAUAUAGGCCGACGAACGAUAUUGUUUUAAUAUGUAAUUUCUGUAAACGAUUCAAUCAAAUGGAUUGUAAAUACUACUAUCCACAUAAUUACUUAUAUUGAAGUAUUCAAAUCGAAUUAUCUGUUAUGUAUCUUGAUAAUAUUUAAGGGAUGGGAGCAAAAAAGAACAUUUCAUUUCACUGUUCAAUUAAAUGAUGUCUAUAAAUCAUUGCAAAAAGGUAUUACCUUAGACCAACUAAAAAUAUAACACUAGUAAAAUGGGCCUUUGAAGCACAAUGAUGAGGUAUUUCCUGUUGUACAAUGUAUUAAUAUUGUAUCUCUUAAAUAUUAAAAGCUACAAAUCGAUCGGUUAUAUGACAAUAAUAAUUAAUUUUGAUGAAGAAAAAAAAAAUUGCGGAUAUUUACAUAACUUAGUACCAAUUUUUUUAUUUAUGUAAAGAGUACAUAUAGAUAAAACUUUAAAAAUGCUAUGUCAGCAAUCUCAUAAUCAUAUAAUCUAAUUUAAGAUUAUCAAUCCCAAGGGUAAACUUUUACUUAAGAAACUUGAAAAAUAUGGAAUAAUACUUCAUCAAGUCUUCUCACUAUGUUAAUGCUAACCAGACUUUUUACUAACUGAAUUACAUAAUCACUGGAGGCCUACGACGUGGUUUCUGUUAAGAUAUUGAGACACUUGUAAGUUUCGAUUAUAUGAUAACAGAAGCAAACAAUUAAGUCUACAAAGUCUUUCAGGGCUGUCAAUGAGGAAUCCAUUGUCGUUAUUUAAAGACAGUUUUCCCAAACAAAGCUGUUGCCAAAAUUAUGUAUAUAAAAUGUCGAACUUAUAUGAGUAUAUCCUGCUCAAGUGUUGUAGAUAUUGUUGAAUUUCUGUUUGGGAUUUUGUUGUAUUUCACCUUGUUUGUUAUUCAGUUCUUUAAUCAUUGUGUGCACUUAUCACGACUUAAUUAAGAUGACACUUAUUAAAUAAGCACAUUAUAUAAUAUUCUAAAUGUUAAAAUACUCGAACUGUUUAUUCUAAUUGAUGAAUGUUUAUAUAAAUGCAUCCAUAAUGUGACAAUAUAUCAUAUUCUGGACCGAUUUCAAGUAUAACAUUAAAUUCUAAAUUAUAUUUUGGUUAUACUUCUGUUGAUUAUAAUACCUAUUUACUUGGAUCAACAUUUUUUUUUUAUUAAAAAACAAACAAUUUUUUGCAAGAAAAUAACAAAACAUCUUAGACUCCAUAUAACCACUUGAGUGUGUUUUUUUCAAAACACUUUUGAGAAUAUUGAUAAAAUAAGUUGGGUUGGUUACAAAUAGGUCACAUAUUCAUGGUUGGGUAGAGUUUUCUAAGUUUUGAAUAGUAUUGAUGGGACAUUUUACUUUUGAAAUUUUCUGAAGACUGCUAAAAUGGCAAAGUGUGAUAGUAAAUAUACCCGAUUUAACUAACGACAAAAAAUAUCUUAAAUGCACAAUCAGUGCGAAUUAUCAAGUGAUGUCAAGGUUAUAGCUGUCAUGACAUUGAAUAUAACUGCAAUUGACUGAUAUACAAAAUUUACAUACUACAGCAUAUCUGUCAUUUUUUUCAAUAUUUGUUUUCCGUAUCAAACAUUCCCUUUGUACAAGUACUCAAUCAUUAAGUGUUGUUCCUGAUAUUUUAUUUGCUGUUAAACCAUCGUCUAAAUCAAUGAUUUGUUUACCUUUUAUCCAUGUAUAUGACCAAAGUCUUUCUUACAAACGUUAUACUCAAUACAGAUAGCGUUUUUCUCAGUUUUUAAACCAAUUUUACUUAACUUCUCUUUUAUUCAAAGUAAGGUAUACGACCUUUUUUAAAGAUUUUAACUUUUCGUCAACUUUUUUUGCGUUGUGUGAAGAGAGUUUUGUCACCAUCGUUUGAAUAUCUUACGAAGCAGAUUUAGAAUAAUCUGCGUUGGUUAGAAGAUAAACAUGUAUGUAAGAAAAAUGGUUGACAAUCGUAUUAAUGAACCUCAAGAGUAAUACAAUUAUAAUCAUUUGGCGCCUCCGUUCCAUAUAGAAAAUCAUAGUAGUAUUUAAGAAUGUCUAAAUUAAAAAAAAUAUCAUUUUAAGUUCUUAGUUAUAAUUCUCUUUCAAUAUUUUCCGAGGAAAAUCAAAAGGUAAAAGAAGUUGAACACACUUUGUUUUUAUUUGACUACUCAGUUACUACGUCAUCAAGUAUGGCACAAUUUCUUAAUUAUUUCUUACAGACAUGUGAGAAUUAUUUUUUUUGUGUAUUUUUGUAUUGUUUCAUUUCGUGAACAUUCCUGAUUUCCAAGUUCGCCAUUUGUAUUAUUGCUUUUGAUGUAACCACACGUUAUUGUUAUCUGAUAUUUUUAUAUUGUUUUGUGUGUCUGAUUACGUUUUAACGAACUAUAUUUCAUAUCAUCUGAAGUGCAUUAAUUUACUAAUGGUUAUUUUUGUUGAUGUUAGAUAGGAAAGCAGCACUCCAUUUUAAAUCUACAGUUGAAGGUAUUGCAUAUUGUUUUGUGAUAGGGUUAAAGUAUCUUCAUGUCUGAUACACCACCAAUUUAUACAAUUCAGUUCACUUAUGUUUUAAUUGUCUUUGAGUAUGUCUUAUUUGAAUUAAAGGACAACAGUUUAAAAUGCUAUUUGGUUAUUUUCUCAGUCCUUUUUUGCCAAGAUUCACCGUUACAAGCUUUUAACAGGAUUUUCAAGCAGAGAAGGAAUAUGAAUCUUUAAGAAACUAUGCAAGGUUCUUAACCUGCUUUUUUGUCAAUUAUCAACUCAGAGUAUGACGAAAUAAUGUAUUUGUUCUAGUUUAAUCAAAUAUUCAACUGAAUGAAAUGAUUUAAGAAAUUUAUUAUUUGUUUAUUUACAAUUUAUGCGCUGUUAUUUUGCCUAAUCUUUUAGAAGUCAAAUUAUUGGUACAAAAAAAAACCCGAACCAUAUGUUUAGGAUGGAGUGCUGCCAUCUGUGAGGUUUAAAUGAGAUCACAAAAAGUAAUGAAAAUGAAUCAAUAAUGUUUUGUUGUAAAGACAAUAUGUUUUUAUUGUUCAAAGAGAAUAUAUGAUAAAGAUAGGAAAAAACUAAUUCCGUUUUAUUUUUGGAUCAUCACAGUACACAACUUUUGUAUGUAUGAGCAAUAUGCUUGUACAAUAAUAGUGUAAGGAAUAUUUGAUUGAGAAAUUAAAAGUUCUUUCAUAUAUUUGAAAACUACCAGAUUGUGCAUUUGUUUUAUCUUUUUAUUAAGAUAUAAGUAACAGCUAUUGCAUUAGUCUUUAAGGUGGUUUUUUUUAGGUUUUUGUUUUAUCAUUCUUUAACCUUUUGAGGAAAAUUGAAGAAAAUAGAACAAAUUAAGAUGGAUGAAGAACAUUUGUUACAGAUUUCCUAAGAAGCUGGUAUACAAUCGUUUCAAAUUUGUAGAUAAUUUGACAUCCAGACAAAUUCUUAGGAUAAGUUUAGAAUAUUCUCAGUGUAAAUUCGAACAGGAUUUUCGUUCUAAAUGAAUUAUAACUACCGCGCAGUGUUUAGUUUAACAGAGAAUACAAAAUAAAGAAGAAAAGUGGGUACUUUUAAGAAGAAGUGCCAACACUAUGCAUUUUAAUCUUAUUUUCGUAUACUAUCUGUUUUUUGUUUAAAAAUGUCAUUACAAAACCUAAGCAUUUCUGUAUAUUAUUGCACAGCAAAUCUAAAAAUAAAUUCUAUCUUUUCAAUUGCCUUUUGACUGAAUGCGUAUCAACAAUUACUCGUUUCUAUUAUUUGCAAUUUGACUUUCUUAAACGUAUCUCAACCAGAGACAAUUUCACGCAAGUCCUGUUCAGAUGUAUGUGUGUCUGUUUUUUUAUCACUGAUAUGGUGUUUUUAUUUCCUUCAUAAAACGUUAUGAUGUAAUUGUUAACAAUUUUUAUGAAUGAAUGAAAAAAAAUAAAAAUUAUUUUCAUACAAGAA